ACAAGUCCUCAUUUAAAGCGGUUAAUACGAGGAUUCGAUUAGCUGUACCGGCACGUUUCUCGACGUCGGCAAUUAUGUCGUGCGAUCUGGACAUCGCGAAGUGUUUCGAUUUUGCGACAGAACGUGUAUUACAAGCUGGCAAGAUACUUAAAUGUGGCCAGGACGAAAAAAUUAUAUAUAACAAAAAUGAAGGAGACUUUGUAACCAAUUAUGAUCAGCAAAUUGAAAAACUAUUUAUUGAUGGCUUAGCCAAAGAAUUUCCCGAUCACAGGAUUAUCGCGGAAGAAAUGGUAUUUGCAAUGCAAAAAAUGCCAGAAUUGACAGAUGCACCAACAUGGUUCCUCGAUCCAAUUGACGGAACGAUCAAUUUUAUGCAUUCGCUCCCUUAUUUCGGCAUAAGCGUAGCUUUGAUGAUCUGCAAAGAGCUUGUUUUAGGCAUUAUCUACAAUCCAUCGAACUCAGAGUUCUACAGUGCAAUAAAAGGCAAAGGCGCUUUUCUGAAUGGAAAGCCGAUUCACGUCUCUAACAUCACUGAUCUAAAACAAGCAAUGCUAGGGAUCGAUGCGUCAGCUGUAAAAUUCGUGAAAAAAGACAAAGAUAUGUAUACAGCCAGGCUAACCGCUUUAAUCGAGGCGACGCAGGUUAACAGAAACAUCGGAUCAGCUGCACUGAGCAUGGCGUACGUAGCGCAGGGUAUCAUAGAUAUCUUAUACGACGAUGUUUUCCUUAAACCUUGGGAUGUAGCAGCAGGAACGCUGCUUAUACGCGAAGCGGGUGGAACUGUUAUUGACUCGAAAGGUGGCACUUAUGAUAUUAUGAAGGCCAAAACUAUCGCAGCAGCAAACAACAGUCUAGCACAAGAGAUAUCUAAAAUAAUCAUCGAUACAGAUUUAAAAAAGAAAAAGAUUCAAAAGAACCUGACACAAGGCAAAAAAUAACUCACGUUAAUUCAUUCAACAGCUGAGUGUAUAAAACAGAAGGUGUGUUCCAACAACGAACGUAUCUAUCACGUAAUACAAGGAAAUUGUCUAUAAAAAUCAGUCUAAGGAAGUUUCUAAAGUCCUAUUGACGCACUUACAGAUGUCAUACCUACGAGAUUAAUUCGAAUAUGUUAACCAAUGUGUAAUGUUGUAAAAUAAGCAUUAGCAUAAUUAGUUUUUUUUACUCUGGAUCAAUUUUCCUGUUAUUAUGAAUAAAAUUAAAAU